AUGAAAAAAAUUAAAAUUUUGAUAAUUUACUUUCCUAUACUAUCUUCUUUUUUUGGUCUGAGUUACAAAAAAGAAAAUAAAUUGGUGCCAAAUGAAUAUAGAUAUAAUUCAAACAAUUCAUUAUUUGCUUCAAAUUUAGAAAAAAGGAAAGAAUUAAAACAUAAUUCUUUUAAACAAUACAACAACCAAAAUAAAAAAAAUUAUAAAACUUUCAGUUUUCAAUAUGAAAAUAAAUAUAACAAAAAAAAUGAAAAUAAAAAAGCAUCAAAUUUAUUUAUAAAUGUAUCACGAACAAAUUUAAGUUUUGGUACUAGUUUAAUAUCACCACAUUUUGCACAUAUAAAAGGAAUUAAUCCACAUAUAUCUAAAAUAUAUAACAUUAAAGGAGAAAAAAAAAAUAUAGACUUAAAUAGUCCAACAUACUCUUUUACUCAGUCAAACAGUUUCAUGUCAAUUCAUAAUGAUGUUAUAAGUAAUUAUAACAACUUAAUUAAAAUGAUUAAUGAAAAUUACAAUAAAGCAAAAGAUGCCUUUGUUUAUUCAAACUCUUGUUAUGACAUGUCACGUUACAUCAUGAUAUUAAACAAUGAGAAUUAUGAUAAGUUUAUGAAGAAUAUAUAUCCUAAGAUUACUAGCUUAAAUCAAGAUGCAGAUAAAUAUAUAAAAUCUUAUGAAGAAGUAAAAAAAGAUAUGAGAAAAAGAAUAAACCAUUUACAAUUACUUGAAGGGGAAAAUGGAAAAAGGAACUUAUAUGAGAAUGAACUUCUGCAGUUUAAGAAAAAAAUAGAAGAAAAAAAAAGAAAUGAAAAUGUAUACGGUAGUGAAUGUGAAAAAAAAAGAAAGGAUAUUUUUUAUGAUUUAAAAAAAUAUAUAGUUCCUGAAAACUGUCCUAAAGAUAUAUACAAUAAAGUAAAAAAUUAUUAUGAAAAGUCUCUUAAAAAUUAUUUAAGUGUAGAUACGGUAAAUAAUGCUACACAUAGUGAAUCAUUAAAGGAGAUGGAAGAUUACUUUAAUAAUCAGAAUCUAUUAUUAAAAUUAAUGGAAGGAAAUUUUUAUGAAAAAAAGGUAAAAUAUGAUUUAAAUCUAUUAAUGGAAGAAAUUAACGAUAUUAAAGAUAUUUAUAAAAAUCAUACGCAAAUUAUACGUGACAAUAUUCGUGAUUUAAAAAAUUACGAGAAAAAUGCAGAAAAGAGACAAUUUAUUGAGAAUUUAACUGCGGAAAAUCUAAUGGCGCCUUCAUAUGCUUUUAAGGGGAUUAUUAUUUACAGUUUAUGGAAUACUAAAGUAACAGCAGAUUUUAUUAAAAAAAAAAAAGAGUUUGACAAUUUAUUUAGAACAGAAUAUCAAAAAAUAGGAAAUAAAAUAAGUAAAUUAGUUUAUCCUGAAAACUUAAUAUCAGAAAGCAAACAAAUUAUUUCAAAUUCACAGGGAAUAUUAACUGAUGUAAAGCGUAUCAUUGAUAAAGAUUUUGAAAAAUUAGAAAAUCUAUUAUAUAAUUGUGAUAGUUUUGAAUUUUCUGCUAUUAAAAAAGAACUUACUCAGUUAUACGCCGAAUUGACUGUACAUAAUACUAGUAUAAAAAAUAAAUUUGAUUCAAUGAAUAAAAUAUAUAUUUCUAUUACAAAUGAAAAACCUAAAAUAGAAAAUAAGAAAAAAAAUAUUCUAGAAAAAGGAAAUAUAUUAAAUAUGAAUACACGUGAUGUUUUAAUAAAAAUAAAAGAAAUUCAAGAUAUUAUAGCAUCUGCCUCUAAUAAUCUUAAUUUAUUAAAAAGAAAUUAUGAAGAAUUGAAAAAUUUAAAAAAAAAAAUCGAAAAUUUAAAAAUACAAGUUCAAACAAAAAAAAAUAAAUUAAAAGAACUAAAAAGACAAGAAGGGUCACGUAAAGAAGAAUCUAUAAAAAAAAUAAGAGAGAAACUGAAAGAAAUAAAAAAAAAAAUAGAGGAUUUUAAACCAAUAAUAAAUUUAAAAGACAGUGAAAACGAAGAUCUCAAGUUUAUUGAAAAAUUAAUUUAUGAUAAACCUUUUAAUAAAAAUGAAUUCAUAGAGAAAAAGAAAAAAGCUCAUGAGCAAAUUAAUUUGGCAUUAAAUUCAUUAUUUGGAAACGGAUUGAUUGAUGAAUUAAAAAAAAUAUCUCAAUUUGUAGCAGAAAAAGAAGUAUUAAAUUAUAAGGAAUUAAGAUUAAGCAGAAUUAUUGAAAUAUUAGAUGAGAUAAUGAAAAUGUCUUCUAAAGUUAAUAAAAUUAUUAGUGAUGCAAUGUCCACACUAGAAAAUAAAGUAAACCCUGCAAAAAAGAAUAUUAUAGAACUUAAAAACUACAUUAUAACUAAAUCAAUUGAAGAUUUACAUAUUAAAAUGGAAAAUUCAAUAGAUAAUUUUAGCAGAAUGUCAAAUGAAUUAUCUGAAAAUAUAACUGAUUAUGAAACAAAGAAAAAAACCCUUGAAAAUUAUGAAAAUGAUAUAAAAAUAAGAAAAAAUGAAUUAUUGAGCAAUAUUAUUAAUGAUAAUAUUUUGUUUGAGAAAAAGGAUAUUUCUUUUUUUUUUCAAUUAUAA